CAUUUUGAGCCGCCGCCGCCAUUGGAGUGGCCCCCCCCUUCUCCCCCUUCGCCUCCUGACAGGCAAGGUUUAGUGGGGACAGAGCCCCGGGAGGCCGGGCCGGGCUCGGGGGCCGCCCCGGGGGCCCGGGCCAUGGAUGUGCGCCGUCUGAAGGUGAACGAGCUGCGCGAGGAGCUGCAGCGCCGCGGCCUGGACACCCGCGGCCUGAAGGCCGAGCUUGCUGAGCGACUGCUGGCGGCGCUGGAGGCCGAGGAGCCCGAAGACGAACGGGAGCUCGAGGCUGACGACGACGAUCCGGGGUUACCUGGGCGCAGCAACGAGGAGGUCGAGACCGAGGGGGGCUCCGAGCUGGAGGGGACCGCGCAGCCACCGCCUCCCGGGCUGCAGCCGCACCCGGAGCCCGGCGGCUACUCGGGGCCGGACGGACAUUAUGUCAUGGACAAUAUUACCAGACAGAACCAAUUCUACGAAGCACCAGUCAUCAAGCAAGAAAAUGAGUCAGGCUAUGACAGGAGAGCACUAGACAUGGAGCCGCAGCAGCAGGCCUACCGCCCAGAACUAAAAACAGAAAUGAAGCAAGAAGCACCACCCAGCUUCCUCCCCCAUGAGGCCACGCAGCUCAAGCCAGACAGACAAUUCCAGAGUCGAAAGAGGCCUUUUGAAGAGAAUCGGGGCCGUGGGUACUUCGAGCACCGAGAGGACCGAAGGGGCCGUUCUCCACAGCCUCCCGCUGAAGACGAUGAAGACGACUUUGAUGACACUCUUGUUGCCAUCGACACAUAUAACUGUGACCUGCACUUCAAAGUAGCCCGAGACCGGAGUAGUGGCUAUCCAUUGACGAUUGAGGGCUUCGCAUACCUGUGGUCAGGAGCCCGUGCCAGUUACGGGGUCAGAAGGGGUCGUGUGUGUUUUGAAAUGAAGAUCAAUGAGGAAAUCUCCGUGAAGCACCUUCCAUCUACAGAGCCCGACCCCCACGUUGUCCGUAUUGGCUGGUCCUUGGACUCUUGCAGCACUCAGCUAGGUGAAGAGCCUUUUUCCUAUGGUUAUGGAGGCACAGGGAAGAAGUCUACCAAUAGUCGCUUUGAAAACUACGGAGACAAAUUUGCAGAGAACGAUGUGAUUGGCUGCUUUGCGGACUUUGAAUGUGGAAAUGAUGUGGAGCUCUCUUUCACCAAGAACGGCAAGUGGAUGGGCAUUGCCUUCCGAAUCCAGAAGGAAGCCUUAGCGGGUCAGGCCCUCUACCCACAUGUCCUAGUGAAGAAUUGUGCUGUGGAGUUUAACUUUGGGCAGAGGGCAGAGCCCUACUGUUCUGUCCUGCCAGGGUUUACAUUCAUCCAGCACCUUCCCCUCAGUGAGCGGAUCCGGGGCACCAUUGGACCAAAGAGCAAAGCAGACUGUGAGAUUCUGAUGAUGGUAGGCCUGCCUGCUGCCGGCAAGACCACAUGGGCCAUCAAACACGCAGCCUCCAACCCUUCCAAGAAGUACAACAUUCUGGGUACCAAUGCCAUCAUGGAUAAGAUGAGGGUGAUGGGCCUGCGUCGGCAGCGGAACUAUGCUGGCCGCUGGGAUGUCCUGAUCCAGCAGGCCACUCAGUGCCUCAACCGCCUCAUUCAGAUUGCUGCCCGCAAGAAGCGCAACUACAUCCUAGAUCAGACGAAUGUUUACGGGUCAGCCCAGAGACGGAAAAUGAGACCAUUUGAAGGCUUCCAGCGGAAAGCUAUUGUAAUCUGUCCAACUGAUGAGGACCUCAAAGACCGCACAAUAAAGCGAACUGAUGAAGAAGGGAAAGAUGUCCCAGAUCAUGCAGUCUUAGAAAUGAAAGCCAAUUUCACCUUGCCUGACGUGGGGGACUUCUUGGACGAGGUUCUGUUCAUCGAGCUCCAGCGGGAGGAGGCAGACAAGCUGGUGAGGCAGUACAAUGAGGAAGGCCGCAAGGCCGGCCCUCCCCCUGACAAGCGCUUUGACAACAGAGGCGGUGGCUUCCGAGGCCGUGGGGGUGGCGGCAGUUUCCAGCGAUACGACAACCGAGGCCCUCCUCCUGGAGGCAACAGAGGAGGCUUUCAGAACCGGGGAGGAGGUGGCGGCGGCAGCGGUGGCGGAGGAGGCAACUACCGAGGAGGUUUCAACCGCAGUGGAGGCGGUGGCUACAACCAAAACCGCUGGGGUAACAACAACAGAGAUAACAACAACUCCAACAACCGAGGCAGCUAUAACCGGGCUCCCCAGCAACAGCCACCGCCGCAACAGCCACCGCCACCACAACCACCGCCACAGCAGCCACCACCACCACCUAGCUACAGCCCUGCUCGGAACCCCCCAGGGGCCAGCAGCUACAACAAAAGUAGCAACAUCCCUGGCUCCAGCGCCAAUACCAGCACCCCUACAGUGAGCAGCUACAGCCCUCCACAGCCGAGUUACAGCCAGCCGCCGUACAACCAAGGAGGCUACACCCAGGGCUAUACAGCUCCACCGCCUCCGCCUCCACCACCACCUGCCUACAACUAUGGGAGCUAUGGCCCCUAUAAUCCUGCCCCAUAUACCCCACCACCACCACCCACUGCCCAGACCUACCCUCAACCCAGCUAUAACCAGUAUCAACAGUAUGCCCAGCAGUGGAGCCAGUACUAUCAGAGCCAGAGCCAGUGGCCGCCGUACUACGGGAACUACGACUAUGGAGGCUACUCCGGCAGCACGCAGGGGGGCGCCAGCACACAGUAGCAGGCCGGGCCAGCGGC